AUGCACGGUGUCCUGGGACUCUCCGUGCCAGAGGAUGGUGAAACCAGGCGAAUAUUCGACGUGGAAAGGCUGAAGCCCGUUGCUGACUCUGGAGAAGGCUUUGCCACCAUGAUCGGUGAGAAGGUGAAGCAGUUCCUCUCAGGGUUUGGGGAUAACCCUUGCUCCAUCCCCGUCCUGCUGUGCAGCUCCACUGCAGCCCUCAUGGCUCUCGCCUGGGCUGUGAGAAAGCUGAUGAAGAGGAAGUUUGUCCGAGCUAAGCACCACGCAGAGGCCCUGGAGCAGAUGGAGAAGGCUGUCCAGCAGUUCAAGAAAGAGAACCCAGAUGUCCAGAUUAGCCACAUCCUGUCACUGCCGCUGUUGGAGCUGGUGGAGAAACUGAGGGAAGGUUCCCUGUCUCCAGAGAGCGUCCUCUACUCCUACAUAGAGAAGGCCUUAGAAGUCAACCAGGAGGUGAACUGCGUGACAGCGUUUAUUCCUAGCUGCCUGCACCAUAUCCAGGAAAUGAGAAACCAGAAGAAAGGGUUGCUCUACGGUGUUCCCAUCAGCAUUAAGGAUCAUGUGGUUUGCAAGGGCUAUGGCUGCAUCUGUGGAUCAGGACAGAAGCUCAGCCUCCUAGAGCAAGAGGAGAGCGUGCUGGUGAGAGUGCUGAGGAGCCAAGGAGCCAUCCCCUUUGUGAAAACCAACACGGCACAAUGCGUGAUCAACUACGACUGCAGCAAUGCUAUCUACGGCCAGACGCUGAACCCUCUCAACCGCAAGAAGAGCCCUGGAGGUUGCUCUGGAGGGGAGGGAGCGCUCAUUGCAGGGGGAGGCUCCAUCCUGGGCUUUGGGUUGGAUGUUGGUGGCAGCAUCCGCCUGCUGUCCAGCUUCUGCGGACUGUGCGGUCUCAAACCCACGAGCGACAGACUGAGUUACUUGGGAGUUAGUGGUCCAGCGCACUGCCUUCAAACAGCUGCAGGUGUGAUGGGGCCCAUAGCAAGAGACGUGGACAGUCUGGCCUUGUGCAUGAGAGCCCUUUUGUGUGAAGACAUGUUUCGCUUGGACCCCACCGUGCCACCCAUCCCCUUCAACAUGGAGGUGUUUAGCAGCCCCACUCCCCUUCGGAUUGGCUUCUAUUCCCUGGAUGACUACUUCUUGCUCCCACCCUGUGUGACUCGGGCUGUCCAUGAGACCCGCCUGCUGCUCGAGGAGGCUGGACACACGAUGAUCCCCUUCGUCCCUCCCAGUGUUGAAUAUGCAAUGAACAGCCUGUUUGUGAAGGGGCUCUUUGCUGACAGUGGCUGUGCUUCUUCAGACACGCGCAAACUGGACUCUCUGGAGCCGGGCUGCAGCCACCCUGUCUGCUGUGAUGAACUCCCAGCUGUGCUAAAGAAGAUCCUGGCUUGUCUCACAAAGCUUCUGUUCCCAUGUUUCACCAGCUGUCUGGACAUGCCGUGUGGAGUGCGGUCGUCGAAGGAAUUUGCAGACCUCCACACUGCCAUAAUGGUUUAUCGCUGGGAAUUCAUCACCCGAUGGAAGAAUCUUGACCUGGAUGUUGUGCUGUGCCCUGUGCUGGGACCGGCCUUCACUUUGGGCUACUUGGAGACAAACCUUGCCACUCUGUCCUCCACCAUGUUGUACAACAUCCUCAACUUCCCUGCGGGAGUCGUACCUGUCACUGUGGUCACAGAGGCAGAUGAAGAACAGCUGCAGCUUUACAGUGGGUACUUGGAUGAGCCAUGGGACAAGAAGCUGAGGAAGGCUGUGGAAGGUGCUGUGGGGCUGCCUGUGGCCGUCCAGUGUGUGGCUUUACCAUGGCAGGAGGAGCUGUGCCUUCGGUUCAUGAAAGAGGUUGAAAGACUGACCUGUGAGAAGAAACGGAGAACUGAUGCAUCUGGGGCUGACGCAGCCCAGAGAGAUGGACCAAGUCAGGUCCCACUGGGAGCAGCCUCCUUGGAUCAGCAAUCCCAAAAGCCAAGUAGCAUGUUUCUGGAUUUGUCCAGCGUAAUCAGCAAGACAGAGGAGCACCCAACAUUGCAAAGAACGACCUUACAAAUCACCCUUGCAGAGGACCUGCGGGACGACCUGCAAACAGCUGCUCUCCAGCCAGACAUGCAGAGUGACGUGCAAGUGUCAUCCCAGCCUGAUGUGGAAACACUGAUGCCCUGGUCAGAUGAGCAGAGUGAAGUGCCAAUGCUGAUUCCACCCCCUGACAUGAAAAGAGACCUGCAGCCUGGUGAGCCAGAGCCUGAUGUGCAAACACAGGCAUCUCAGAAGGAUGAAGAAAGGGACCCACAGCCCCAUGCACCGGAGCCUGAUGUGCAAACAGAAGCAUCCCAGAAAGAUGAAGAGAGAGACCCACUCCCCCUUGUACCCGAGCUUGAUGUGCAAACAGAGGCAUCCCAGAGAGAUGAAGAGAGGAACGCACAGCCCCUUGCACCUGAGCCUCAUGUGCAAACACAGGCAACUGAAGGUGACAUGUCAAGCAAGGAGCAAAGCCAGCCGAUCUCCCGAGUUAAGCUCACUGCUGUGUGA